AUGGAAGCCACCAACCGAUUCCUGAUUGGUGUUUUUGGUCCUACAGGUGCUGGCAAGACCAAACUGGGAGCCUCCAUCGCCAAGUCUGUCCAUGGGCAAGUCAUCUCUGUUGAUAGCCUGCAGUGCUACUCCCCUGGGAGUAUUAUCACUGCUAAGCCCACUCCUGAAGAAACAGAUGGAAUCGACCACCAUAUGAUCGGAUAUUUGGAGGCUGACGAGGAGCCAACAAACUUUGUGGCCGAAGCAAUCAAAAAAUUGGAGGAACUCUAUGACCAUGGGGCUAUACCUGUAGUCGUUGGAGGCUCAACAUCGCUCACUUUGCCCCUCCUGCGCGAUGCUUUGAACCGUGGAUGGCGUAUGGCUGCUAUCACUCUGCUGCCUCACCAGUCUACCUAUCUCAGCAACAUCGAAUCCAGACUGGAUGAGAUGGUGGAGGCAGGUCUUUUGGAAGAACUUUCGGGUCUCAAACUCCUCGAAGACAAGCAUCUGAACGGAAAUCCCAACUUUCACAAGGGUAUUCGGAAGGCAAUUGGGUAUCAGGAGUUGUACCCAUAUCUGGAAGCUCGAAGGAGCGACAGUCAUUUUGAUCAGCUGCUCAAGACUGGGCUGGCCUCGAUGAAAGAAAAUACAUUUCAAUACGGGAUUUCGCAACUGGAAUGGAUUCGCCAAGCACUAUCCCCAUUUCUUCACGCCCAGAAAAUUGCGAAUAUGAGCCUUACGGUCGUUGACAAGGCAUCUUGGAUCUCGGAUGUUGAGAAACCUGCAAUUCGAAUGGCGAGUGAUUUCUGCCAUGCUUCAACUUCGCUCAGUUUCCAUUCGAUCAACGGACCAAAGCCUCGGGUACUCUGCAUCUUUGGUGGUUCGUCAUCUGGUAGCGACCCGUCCCAUAUUGAAGCUGCCAAGUCACUUGGCAGAGUCUGUCACGAAAACAGCAUCAAGCUUGUGUACGGAGGUAGCACAACUGGAGUGAUGGGCGCAAUCGCGAGCACUCUCGUUGAGCUUUCUGGUCCUGAUGCUGUACAUGGUAUCAUUCCAGAGGCACUACUUAAACACGAAGCCAAGGAAUCAGGAAGACACCCUAAGGAUCCUGCUUACGCCAGAUACGGUAAGCAGACCGUUGUUAAGGAUAUGCAUACUCGAAAGCGCUUGAUGAUCCAAGAGGUGAUCGAUGGGCGCGAGGGAAGUGGAUUCGUUGGGCUGAGUGGUGGCUAUGGCACUCUCGAGGAGCUCUUUGAGGUGAUAACUUGGCAUCAGCUGGGUAUCCAUGACCGUGGUGUCUGUGUACUCAAUACAGGCGGUUUUUUUGACGGGCUAGUCAAUUGGCUAGGCGUUUUGACUCAUCUAUUCAUUUUCCGGCGAGGUGAAUGGAACCUCUACGUUUUGAACAUCUUGCAAGCUUUUGCUGUCCUCGAAAGCAUUUUGAUAUACUUUGUUGCUCGAGCUGUCGAGGGUGAAGAUUCCAAUAUAUGGAAAGUCACUGCCAUAUCGUCAUGUUCCACACUAUCAACCUUGAUAGGACUGUCAAUUAGCAUGCUCAUCUACCGUGGCUGGUUCCACCGAUUGCGUCGAUUUCCAGGCCCUUUUUGGGCCAGGCUGUCUAAUCUGUACAUUACGUUUCGCGCCUUCAAGAAAUUUUGUCUUUUUGAGGAGGUGCAGCAGUUGCAUAGAAAGUAUGGGGAUAUUGUUCGGAUUGGGCCUAGCGAGCUAUCUAUCAUAGAUCCGCGUGACUUGCAAGCUCUCCAUUCGAACAGCUCCCCUUGUACUAAAGGCCCUUGGUACAGCAUCGAACACCCCAUCAAAGCUCUACAGAUGACCAGAGAUAAAGAGGAGCAUGCCUAUCGACGUAAUGCAUGGGACUUGGCGUUCAGCUCCAAGGCACUUCGAGAGUAUGAAGCACGCGUGGCUGGUUACACUUCCCAACUCGUUGAGCAGAUAGAGGCAUCCCAAGGCACCCCGAUCGACGCAUCUUUAUGGUUUAAAUUUUAUAGCUUUGAUGUUAUGGGAGACUUGGCCUUUGGGAGAACUUUCGAUAUGCUCAAGAAUGGAACAGCACACACAUUUAUGGAACUAGUCCAUUCCAACAUGCUCAUGGCUGGUUCUCUGAGUCACUUGUCCUGGAUCUUUCCAAUGCUUAAACGCAUUCCGAUAUUAAAUCAGAAGAAUCUCGAGUUUCAGGAAUGGCUCAAGCAACAAGUCGACUGGAGACAGAAGAAUAAGCCGGAUUUGCCGGAUGUAUUUUCAUGGAUCCUCUCUGUCUACAACGCUCUCAACAAGCCGACUGCUCAAGAUAAUAUCAAUUUACGUGGAGAUGCUCAGCUUAUCGCUGUAGCGGGCAGCGAUACUACUGCGGCAUCACUUACCUGUCUUUUCUUCGAGCUGGCGAUUAAUCCAGAAACUUGCCUUACACUACGAAGAGAACUUGAUCAACAUUACGCAGAGCAUGACAAGCCGGACCAUUCAAGUCUAUCAAAGCUCAGAUAUCUGCAAGCUUGCAUUAACGAAACUAUGAGACUCUAUCCGGCUAUCCCAUCAGGCUUACAGCGAGUGACUCCGCCUGAGGGUCUUGAUAUUGGCAACACGCAUCUCCCAAGCGAUACGAUAGUAACAAUUCCAACUUACACGUUUAAUCGAGAUGAAAGACUCUUUACGCAAGCCGACAAGUUUAUCCCAGAGCGCUGA